AUGGCAGCAAGCUCGCAAGCCCCUCGUCUUUGUCACAAGGACCUGCCCCGUUUCGUCCUGGACCACGGGGUGUAUGAUGAGGACAAACCAAUCCUCAUUGAUGCCACCGCCCCUGAAAGGGCUAUCACCAAGGCGCAAGCCAAGGUGAUGGUGGAACAGACGGCACAAGGCCUCCAAGCAGCGGGUCUCAAGCGCGGAGACACGGUCUGUGUCGUUCAUUUGAACGAUAUCAUGUAUCCGGUAGUUUUCCUUGCCAUCAUCACGGCAGGCGGUGUGUUCUCGGGGGCCAAUCCCAUGUACAAGGCAGGUGAGCUUCGCCACCACUUCAAGGUCUCGGAAACCAAAUUUGUUCUCUCGGAUCCCGUCUCCCUUGCAGCGGUCUCCGAGGCCUCUGAAGGUCUUCUUGAUUCUGGUAACAUCAUCGUAUGGGGAGAGAAAGAGGCUGGUGCGUCGGUCGGUGCCCGACACUCACUCGCUAGUCUUAUGGCUGGUGAUUCUGGUGUUCCGGUCCUCGAUCCGGUCUCUUUCGAUGACCCGACCCUAUCGAGAGACACCGUCGCCGUCCUGAUGUCGACGAGUGGCACCACCGGUCUGCCAAAAAUGGCUGCCAGAUCGCACUUGAGCUUGGUCACAGAGAACCUGGCUUUGCACGAGCCCAUCUCCAAGAACUACGAGGUCGCCCGUCUACUUUUUACUCCGUUCUUCCAUGGGUUCACCGCCCCUCUUGCUCUUGUCGACGCUCUCGCCUCUGGCCAUACCACUUAUAUCAUGCCUCGCUUCAACCUGAAAAGCUGCCUCGAGUAUGUCGAGCGAUACAAGAUCACCGAAAUGGCAGCACCUCCUCCCGUUCUUUUGGCUUUCAGACAAUUACCCGAAGAAGAACGUACUGCACUUCACUGGGUGCACACUAUCUGGAGUGGCGGCGCUCCCAUAUCGGCUGCCAUGCAGAAUUCUGCCGCUAAAAUGUUCUACAAGCAUGCACGCAUUGUCCAAGUCUACGGCAUGACCGAAGCUGGUUGGAUCACAACAUUCAAGUGGCCUGAGAUGGACGAGAAUGGUUCCGUCGGCCGUUUCCUUCCUUCUUACGACUUCCAAAUUCACGAAGACGAUCAGGACAUUACGGUAACUCAUAAGCCAGGCAUGCUUUUCGUGAAGGGUCCCAUCAACAUGCUUGGAUACCACAACAAUCCUACCGAAACCCACGACACCCUCUGUGAUGGCUGGCUCCGCACUGGUGAUGUUGCCUACUUCUCACACGACCACAAGCUCUAUAUCGUUGAUCGCGUCAAGGACAUCAUCAAGCACCGUGGCUGGCAAGUCUCUCCUACAGAAAUCGAGGCUUGCCUACUCACGCAUCCGUUCGUUUCUGAUGUCGGCGUGUAUGGCUGUCCUGUAGACGGAGAAGAGAUACCCAUCGCCCAUGUUGUGCUCAAAGCCGGUCUACCUGAAUACACUGCCCAGUUCGUCAUCAUGCGCGAGUUGCUUGAUCACUGCCUGGAAUAUCUCUCCAAGUACAAGGUCGGUGCUCUCGAGAUGCGCUUCAAGCAGAGCAUUCCCAAGAACCCCGCUGGAAAGAUUCUAAGAUUCAAUAUGGUCCUUGAGGAGUAUGAGUGGAGAUGUGUCUAUGCUUGGACACUGGGUCGCGACGGAGCCGUAGUGUUCCCACCAGAGACAGAAGAGAUCAUCUGGGAAGACGAUGAAGAGGGCGAGUGUCGCGACGAUAUCCAAUCCAAAGGAUGCUACGAAAACGAGGAGGGAGAUGAUGAAUACUGCAAGAUUGAACUUGCUCGCCUGCCUGAGAUGGUCGGUCAUCUGGCGCUAUCAGAAGAAUGGCUGGAAUGA